AUGGCUCGGCGUUCUAUCUUGGCCGCGGCCACUGUCGCUUUCCUCGCCUUCGGAGCUAACGCCACUCCUUGCCGACCUACCGGCGCUGCGACUUCAUCUACCACUCUCGCGGAGAGCUCUUCGACCGUGAUUACGGAAACAUCGUCGACCACCAUCGCAGAAACCUCGUCAAUCGUUGUCAUCGAGACUUCUACCACACUAGUAGAGAGCUCAUCGGUGACGGCGUCGUCUUCGACGCUGGCAGAAACCUCAUCAUCGACUACCCUGGCUGAGACUUCAGCAACUACACUUGCAGAAACGUCGACGACUUCUCAAGCUCCGGUCUGCACCGUAACCCAAGCGCUCGUCAACCCGAGCUUCGACGACGGUGAUGGCUCCCCGUGGACUGGCGUCUCUAGCUCUAGGUCUGAGGAAAGCCCUCGUACGGGUCGCUAUAAUCUGCGCUACUCGUUCGAUCCCUGGAGCGAGGCUUCUACCAUCUCUCAGACCGUAACUAACCUCGAGGGUAACUACAAAAUCGAAUUUUACUACCGUGUUGUCAGCUGGGUCCCAUGGAUUGGGACUGUUUCUACCAACUUCUAUUGCACUAUCACACCCAAGAUUGGAGACACUGAGCUUCCGGAAGUAUGGUUUACGAAUUCAGGGCCUUACUCUUGGACCGCGGCUAGUGCACUUUGGACGAAUUCGAGCGAGACUGGGGCUGUGGAUGAGGUUGAGGUAUCGCUCGAGAUCUAUUGCAGUGGAGAAUUUGAUUCGAACAUUAUCGCUCUUGAUGAUGUUACCUUCACUCGAGUUUGCGACGCGCCCCCAGCUUAG